GUUGCGGUGCAGUUCGUUGUUGAUCGUCGGUUGCGACGCCGCCUGGUUCUGCUCCCCCGCAAUUGGGAAAUCAUUCGAAGGGUCUUCGGUCUUCUUCUUCAAUAAUCUUCUCCCACGAGCUUAUUCCAACGUCAGCCGGUCAUCAUCGCGAGCGAAAAGUUUUCGAAUCAAGGUAUACGAUGAGUUGCAACUGCCCGUUGACGGCGUCAACGGGGCCGACGCUGGCUUCGACUUGCGGUGGUCCGUCCUUCAUGCUCUUCAUGGGUCUCCUCGAGGUGUUUCUGCGGAGCCAGUGCGACCUCGAGGACCCUUGCAACCGGCCGCAAUCUCGAGAUUACGUUGACACAAGAUACGAUUUCAUCGUGAUAGGAGGUGGCAGCGCAGGGGCGACAAUCGCCGCCAGAUUGUCGGAGGAAAAUAGAUUUUCGACGUUGUUGCUGGAGGCGGGUUUGGACGAACCAACGGGCACUCAAAUUCCCUCGUUUUUCUUCAAUUUCAUAGGCAGCGAUAUAGACUGGAAAUACACGACGGAGAGCGAGGACGAGGCCUGUCUAAAUAAAGAUGACAAAAAGUGCUACUGGCCGAGGGGAAAGGUCCUCGGGGGCACCAGUGUGAUGAACGGUAUGAUGUACAUGCGGGGAUCCCGUAAGGACUUCGACGACUGGGCCAGCCUCGGUAAUCCUGGAUGGUCCUACCAGGAAGUCCUUCCGUUUUUCAUGCGGAGUGAGGAUAAUCAACAGAUCGACGUGAUGGACUCCGGCUACCACGCGACUGGAGGACCUUUGACUGUCACCCAAUUCCCGUACCACCCACCCCUCAGCAAGGCCAUCAUGGAGGCUGGAAAGGAACUUGGGUACCCGGUGCUCGAUCUGAACGGACGCUCCCACACCGGGUUCACAAUUGCUCAAACCACUUCGCGUAAUGGCUCGAGGCUGUCAACGGCACGCGCCUUCCUGAGGCCGGCACGGAACCGUCGCAACCUCCACAUAAUGCUCAACACAACGGUGACGAAGGUUCUCCUGGACGCCAACAAGCGGGCCAUCGGUGUGGAAUUUUUCUUCGAUGGAAAACUCCACCAGGUUAUGGCCAACAAAGAAGUCAUCGUCAGCGGAGGCGCCGUAAACUCACCCCAAAUCUUGCUGAACAGUGGAAUCGGUCCCAGAGAAGAGCUUCAAGCGGUUGGUGUUCCUGUUCUUCACGACUUGCCAGGUGUGGGGAAAAACCUUCACAAUCACGUCGCUUUUACAGUGGGAUUCACCAUCAAUGACACGGACACGACGCCGUUGAACUGGGCUACCGCCAUGGAGUAUCUCCUCUUCAGGGAUGGCCUCAUGUCAGGCACCGGCAUAUCGGAAGCAACUGCAAUGAUCAACACAAAGUACGCGAAUCCUCGAGACGAUCAUCCUGACAUCCAGCUGAUAUUCGCAGGAUACCUUGCGGAUUGCGCGGAGACAGGAAUGGUCGGGGAAAAGAAAGGAGCCAAUCGUAGCAUCUACAUAAUUCCCACGCUGUUGCACCCGAAGAGCCGUGGAUACCUUCGACUGAGGAGCAGCGACCCUCUCGAAAAGCCGAUGAUCUACCCGAAGUACCUGACAGUCCCAGAGGACGUAGCGCGCCUCGUUGAAGGCAUCAAGUUCACCGUGAGACUGGCGGAAACCGAUGCCCUGAAGAGGUAUGGCUUUAAGCUCGACAAGACGCCGGUUAAGAACUGCGAGCAUUUGAAGUUCGGGUGUGACGCCUACUGGGAAUGCGCUAUUAAACAUGACACUGCGCCGGAAAAUCAUCAGGCUGGAUCAUGCAAGAUGGGACCAGCCAACGACCCGAUGGCGGUUGUUGACAACGAGCUCAGGGUGCGAGGAAUCAGGAAUCUGAGGGUGGUGGACACGAGCAUCAUGCCAAGAGUGACGUCAGGAAAUACCAACGCUCCGGCUAUAAUGAUCGCCGAAAAAGCUGCCGAUAUGAUAAAGAGAACGUGGAUCGGGUGAAUCCAAAGUGAGAAACGAACGCCAAGAAAAAUUUAAAUUAAAAGUAAAUUAUUCGAAAACACGGUGAUGAGAAGAUUCGCCGGUUUUUGCUGGUAUCGAAUCCCCCGACAUAAUCGUGACUUAUCGCUGUAG